AUGAAUAUUAUUUAUAAUAUUACAAAUAUACCUGUAGGUAAUAAUAAUAUUCAGUGUACCUGUAACUUUUUGAAUUAUAAAAGUUAUAUAUUUUACUUUUUAAAUAAAUUUCAGAUUUGCACAUUCACUGAAAUUCUAUAUAAUAAAAUAAAUAAUAUUAAUUUUAUAGAAAUAAAUUAUAGUUAUAUAAAAGAUUAUCAGUAUAAUGAAAUUAUAUUUUUAAAAGAAUGCAUAUAUAUAAUUUUUAAUUUAAUCAUUUAUAGAAUUAUAAAAUGUCUACUCUUUUAUCUAACAAAAUAUAUAAAAGAUGUAAAUAGAUUAAUAAUAAAUAAAAGUGAUUUUAUCAAUGAAAUAAAAGUAGAGAAAAGCAAAAAUGGUGGAAAUAUUAUAAGAAAUAAAGAAGUAUUGGAUAAUCAUAAAGAAAAAACAAAAAAAAGCCUAAGUUAUAUGAAAAGGAAAGAGGCAAAUGAAAUAUUUGUAAAUAAACAAAUUAAUAUUCCAAAUGACAAUAAAAAAAAUGUACUAUUAAAAAAAAAAAAAAAGAAAAUGGAUAAAAUUUUAUAUUUAAUAAAACGAUAUUAUUUUUUUUAUCCAAGUAUAAAUUAUUUUUUUAAAUUGAAGAGACUUGCAAAUUUUACUAAAAUUAGUAGGAACUUAAUGUGUGAUAAAAAUUUAUAUAUAAAAGUUACAUUAAGAAAUAAUAUAUAUAGAAAGAUUCAUUAUUUAAAAACUUUAAAAAAAAUUGUAUGUAAAAUUAGACUGACUAGAAAUUAUAAUUUAAAGAAAAAAAGAUUUUAUUAUUUAAGGUAUAUACUAAAAAAUGUUCUAAAAAAUAAAAAUAAAUAUGUUAAAACUUUUUUAAUAUAUAAAAAUUCCAAUUUUUAUAAUAACAAAUAUGGUAUUCUUAUAGAAUAUAAAAAAAAUUAUAGGAAAUAUAUUAAUACUAAUCUUAAAUGCUUAGCGAUUUUUGCAAAUCAUAUGUAUAUAAUAAUUCAAUUUUAUUGGAAUUGCAUCAUUCUAAAAGGAAUAAAUAACAAUUUUAUGAAAAACAUAAAAAUUAUUCAUUCCCUUAGGCAUUUUUUUUUUUACGAAAAUAAGCUUAUUUUAAAAAAUAUGAGUAAUUAUUUUUGUCACAAAAAUAUAAUCAGAAAUUUUCUGAAAAUUUGUAAUAUUAAAAAGUGUCAUGUUAAAUUUAAAAAUGAUGCAAAUCAUAUCUAUUACAAGGAUAUAUAUAAUAAAGGAAAUAAUAAGUAUAAAAUGAGUUGUAUUAAAAAUGGCAAUGAUAAAUAUUAUAACGAAUAUAAUUAUCAAAUGAAAUAUUUCUAUAAUUAUUGUAAUUAUAAUAAUAACAGAGGUGACACCAAUAAUAAUAAAUAUAACAAUAAUGAUAUUAACAAUAAUAAUAGCAACAACAACAACAACAAUAAUAAUAAUAAUAAUAAUAAUAAUAAUAAUAAUAAUAAUAAUAAUAAUAAUAAUAAUAAUAAUAAUGAUAAUAAUAAUAAUAAUAAUAAUAAUAAUAAUAAUAAUAAUAAUAAUAAUAAUAAUAAUAAU